UGUAGAAGCUCACAUUAAUACUCGUUAGAGACAAACUUUUUAUACCUGCGUUGACAAAACAAAGUCCAAAGUCAACAAGACAGAUCCAAGUUCACUCGCUAUAUUUUAUCUUUUAUCAAUAAAUAAGUAAUUACAUUCAUUAUGAACAGCACAAUGGAGACUAUAUUAGAUUCAAAAACAAGUUCAGGAACGACUUCCGAAAGUCCCGAACAAUUUAAGAUAAAGGCAGCAUCAGCCCCUGCCAUACCCAAGUUCUCAGAAGAUGGGCUGGUGAAACCGCAACUCUCUGCUCCUUCGUACCUAAACUAUAUGAAACAGAAUGAGACCCCUCCGUUUAGGAAACCGGUAAUGGAACCCUCACCUCAUAUAAUUAUUGGGACGAUAAUGAAUGAGGUUGAAGCUGUAGCUAUGAUUGCUGCUGGUGAUGCUGAUAAGGAGAAUGGAUUGAGGAAGUUUUUAGCCGACUUCCUAAUAGAAAAGAAUAUAACAGCGAACUACAUGAUAUCUGAGAAAAACUUCCUCAUCAGUCUAAUGUUGGAAACCAUAGAGUACGCAGCUCAAAGGGACUUCGGCGCGUACAAACUAUCCGUGCUGAUAACAAUUUAUCUAGAUUCGCAUCUGUACUUCAAGUGGUAUUACUGGCAGUCGCCCACUUCUGUGUGGAAUUACUUCAAAGAAAUGAUGAUACGACAUUCAAUUGAGGACACGCCCUACGGUGAAGAGGUAUUUGGACCAGAAGAUUGUUACGACAUAGUUUCGCACUUCCAUACGGUGUACCUUACGAACCUGCCGCUCAUACAUAUUCUGACCUUCGGCACUCCUCGCCUUAAGUUGCUGUGGCCCUUUAAGUUGGUGAAAUAG